UAAAGCCUUCCCACCCCCCGCUGCGCCAUGUUUCUGGACCACGACUCGCCGUUGCUGCAGCCGGCGCCAGAUGCCGACGCCACGGGAAGCCUCCCGCUACCCCGCUUGGAGCCAGAGCCAGCUGUGGAAACAGCGGAGAGGAUCAUCGAGUUGGUCUUUGAGCGGCCUGGCUCCCUAGGCAUCGAGUUCAAAGAGCUGGCCGCGCCCUUUGUAGUAGAACAAGUGCACAGCACAGGCUUGGCCUAUGGCAAGGACCUCCAGAAAGGCGAUCGGCUGAUUCAAGUGGCGGGAGACGAGGUGGGCGAGGCCAAAUGGGACGACUUGGUGAAGAAACUCACCCCGCGGCCAGUGAAGGUUGCCUUUGAACGACCGAGAGAUGCAGAUCUUCCAGCACAAGGGCUGGGCUUUGGACAGAUUUGGUCCGCGGCCAGCGGCUUUGGUCUCGGAAAAGUGGGCAGUGCUGGGCUGGAGCUGACCAAUAAGGUGAGCGCCGGUUUGGACCUGGGCUCCCAGAUCACUGGCGCCGCCGGCGCGGCCGCGUUGAACUUGCUGGGCGGAGGGGAAGAGGAGCUAGCAAGGCUACGAGAGCAGGUGAAGACUAUGAAGGCAGCCGCUCCUGAGAGCGAGCUGCAGUUGGAGCUCAACAGGUUGCAGGCAGAAAUGAAGUCGCAGUUGGAGGCGUCCAAGCAGCAGCAGCAGGCUUUGAACCAGGCAAAACAAAAUGCUGCCAUCGAAAGCCAGACCCUUCGGCAAGAAGUGGAGGAUGCGAAGCAAGCAACCGCAAAGGCCAAGUCUGACCUGGAAAGUCUGCAGCUUGAGUUGCAAGCGGCCAGGGCAAAUGGAGCAGAGUCGGCCACACUGGCCCAAGAGCUUAGCGAAGCUAAACAGGCAGCAGCACAAGCCAGGUCUGACUUGGAAACUCUGCAGCUUGAUUUGCAAGCAGCAAGGGCAAAUGGAGCAGAGUCGGCCACACUGGCCCAAGAGCUUUGCGAAGUUAGACAAGCAGCAGCACAGGCGACGUUUGACCUGGAAAGUCUGCAGCUUGAGUUGCAAGCAGCAAGGGCAAAUGGAGCAGAGUCCGCCACACUGGCCCAAGAGCUUAGCGAAGCUAAACAGGCAGCAGCACAGGCCAAGUGUGACUUGGAAAGUCUGCAGCUUGAGUUGCAAGCGGCCAGGGCAAAUGGAGCAGAGUCAGCCACACUGGCCCAAGAGCUUAGCGAAGCUAAACAGGCAGCAGCACAGGCGACGUCUGACCUGGAAAGUCUGCAGCUUGAGUUGCAAUUGGCAAGGGCGAAUGGAGCAGAGUCGGCCACACUGGCCCAAGAGCUUCGCGAAGCUAAACAGGCAGUAGCACAGGCCAAGUCUGACUUGGAAACUCUGCAGUUUGAGUUGCAAGCGGCCAGGGCAAAUGGAGCAGAGUCGGCCACACUGGCCCAAGAGCUUAGCGAAGCUAAACAGGCAGCAGCACAAGCCAGGUCUGACUUGGAAACUCUGCAGCUUGAUUUGCAAGCAGCAAGGGCAAAUGGAGCAGAGUCGGCCACACUGGCCCAAGAGCUUAGCGAAGCUAGACAAGCAGCAGCACAGGCGACGUUUGACCUGGAAAGUCUGCAGCUUGAGUUGCAAGCAGCAAGGGCAAAUGGAGCAGAGUCCGCCACACUGGCCCAAGAGCUUAGCGAAGCUAAACAGGCAGCAGCACAGGCCAAGUGUGACUUGGAAAGUCUGCAGCUUGAGUUGCAAGCGGCAAGGGCAAAUGGAGCAGAGUCAGCCACACUGGCCCAAGAGCUUAGCGAAGCUAAACAGGCAGCAGCACAGGCCAAGUGUGACUUGGAAACUCUGCAGCUAAGCGCGCAGAGUAUGGAGUCUUCUUGCACCUCUUUGAAGCAGCAACUUGAAGCGUCGAUUCAGUCUGAAUCUGAAACCAAAGCAAAGUUGGAGCAAACGCUGCAAGGCCUUCCAGAUCCCAACCAGGUCGCGACGUUGGAGCAGCAGCUUCAAGGGUCCAAAGAGGCCCUCAUCGUGCUGCAGCGCGAACUGCAUGAGUCGCAGCAGCUGAAUCGCGAACUUCGCGCCAACGUCGAGCUGGACGCGCACAGCCUGGAGUUGGAAUCUGAAGUCCAGGCAUUGCGAGCCGAAGUGCAGCGUCUACAAGAGGAAACUGGUUCUUCCAAAGAACCACAGCAGCCGGAGACGAUCGAGGUGCUCUUUGCGCUGCCAGGGCCACUAGGAUUGGAGUUCCAGGCCCAACAGGCACCGUACAUCAUCGCCAAGAUCCAUGACUCGGGCGUGGCCAUCAACCUGGGCAUCAACGAAGGAGAUGAGCUGAUUUCCGUGGCCGACGAGCCUGUGGACCAUGCCAACUGGGAGGAUUUGGUACGCAAGCUCUCGAAGAGGCCUGUAGUGGGGAAGUUCCGACGCCCGGCCGUCAGCGACAGCGCCGGCGCCACGACGAAGCUUUGGUCCUCGGUGAACUCCAUGGGUGCUCAGCUGCUGACGGCAGCGCGAGGCUCAGGCUCUGACGCUUCAGCCGCGGAGAACGAGCGCUUGCGCUCAGAGCUGCUAAGCGCACAAGAGCUCCUGAAGCUGAAGGAUUCCCAGCUGAUAGACUCUGAGAGUCGCAUCAAACAAAAGGAGGAGGCCCUUCACGUGGCCCUGCGCGCCAGCGGCGGGACUGCUGGCGCUGGCACCGCGGGGAUCGCGGCGGAGUUGGCGGAGGAGAAGUCGCGGCUGCAGCAGCAGCUGCAACACUUCGAGUCCCAGCUGAGAGAGGCGCAACGACAGGUGGCACAGAGGACGGAGGAGUCCUUGCGGUACCGAGCCAGCUAUGAAGAGGAGGCAAGGCAGAAGGAGGAGCAGCGGCAAACGUCCAUCUCCCUGCAAGAUCGCUGCAAUUCCUUGAUGAAACAAUUUGAAAGCUUAAGCGCUACCUGCCAAAAUCUCACCAUGGACUCGCAACAAAAGGCUGGCUUGGAAGGUCAGGUGGCCGAACUUCUACGGAUGAACGCCCAAUGGCAACACGCGCACUCGAGCCUCAAUGCCGAGUCCGAAAGCAUGCGCCAACGCCUGAUGCAGGUGGACGAGCUGCAACUGGAAGUGCGUCGCUUGGAACCUUUCGAAGCCGCAGUGAGGGACAUGGAGACCCGCUUGCAGGAGACUGAGCAGAGCUUAGACGAGCACCGCCAGGCGCUGAUCGAGGCACAACAGCUGCGGAGCCACGACAGUGGCGCGGUGCAACGGCUGCAGCUGGAAAUGGAGUCCUUGCAAGAGAGCUCCGAGUCGCAGGUCAGCCAGCUGGAGGCGGAACUCAUGGAGUCCAGCAGUGCCAAGGUCAGAUUGCAACGCGAAAAGGACGACCUUCAACGCCGAAUGGAGGAGCUGCUACAGAAGCAGCAGGAGACCUCUGAAGCCGCGGAAGAUCUCACGAGCCUCCGCCUGGAGAACAAGAAGUUGCACCAGGAGUUGGCCAUGGCUCAGGAGGAACAGAAAAGCCUCAACGGCGUGGUUGAGCGCUGCCUGGCCAAGAUGGAGAUGGACAGCCGGGAGCGACCCUUCCUCGUGGACAAGCGCAUGGUGACCCAGAUGCUGGCUGCCUAUUUGGAACAGUCAAAUCAUCCCAAGGCGCAGCAUGAGAUUCUGACGAAGAUGGCGGAUUUGCUUGGCUUCAGCACAAGUGAACGGGAACAAGUCGGACUCUCUCAGAAAAGGAAGGGUCCCCUGAGCGACGACCCGGCGAACCUAUCGGACCUGACCGAUCGCUUUGUGGAUUUCUUGAUGGAGGAGUCAGAAGCCGGCUGAGCCCGACAUUCGCGACUCCUCAAGGAAUAUAAUGGGUUUGACUAGUUCUCUUGCCACAUGUCCC